AUGGACGACGUUGAGCAGCAGGAGCCGAUCUUUGAGCUCGCCACAGAGUGUGAGCGCCUUUAUACAGCACAAAUCUCAAAGCUCAGCAGUGACAAGGACCAGAAUGCUACAGAGCUGCUCUCUGACCUCUAUAAAAGGUUUUCCACUUGGGCCGCGUUCCUGGGCGUUUUCGCUGAGGCGAAUGUGUGCCUGGACCGAAGGCUCCGACGUCACGUCGAGAUCCAAGACCAGGUUCUUCGCUUGCUCGAUCUUAUGCAGAUGAAUCUAAGCUACGUAUUCGAGGACGGCGACUCGCCAAAGCGCGGCAGCAUCGAGCCUUUCAAGAAUGUCCUCCGACGACGGGACCUUACUCUGAAUAUUAAAUGCCUGGAUGCCAUAACGGGAGUUUUAGAACGAUUGAACCAGGUUGGGACUGCCAUUCGACGUGCAUCGGCGAUUAGCCAGACUUCCAAGGCAAGACAGUUGUUAGCAAAUUCUGACUUGACAACAUUUGAGCAAGCGGCGCAUAUAUGUCUUCAAGCCCUUUACCCCGACGCGAGCGACAGCCUUAUUGAGCUAGUCACGCAGUCUAUGGGAGAGUCAUAUGCCCUCUUCCUUCAUCGCAAAAGUCGUUAUGAGCGCCUGCAAGUCCCUCGACAGGCUUCGCGGCAGCAAAAACGCCUAACAUCAAUCCCAGAAGAGCCUGUUGAUAUCUCAGACGGCCAGGAAGCCAUGGAUAUUGAUUCGGAUGAGGCUCCCCGUGUUGUCGACGGACCGACCCAAUGCAUAUCCCGAGCUUCUGUACCUCCACCUGGGUAUAGGGUGCCCCAGUCAGAGCCCACAUCUGUGGAUAGCAAGGAAUUCCGAGAUCGGGCUCGAAGUCUGAUGAAUCCCACUGCGAAGGCUAAACCAGACUCUAUUCUGGUAAAUCAGGCGACAUAUCCCGGACCAGCCGACAAGGAUGGCACUGGUCCCUGUAACUGGUGUUUUAGCCGUCUUAUGGCGGAGUGGCAUGUAGAGAGCUCCAAGUGGCGAUUUCCGUCCUCGCGCCAAUGGCUCCAGCACAUGGACGCCACUCACGGCACAAGUUGGCACCGGGAGAUACAUGCGCCAUCGUCAUGGAUCUCUCCCCUAUGCAACGAGUCGGGCUCGUCACCCCAGGGCCCUGAUGGGCUUUCUGCGCACUUUGACAAUUGCCACAGUGGCCUUUUCGACGAGCAACAAUUGAUGGCCAUUGUUCGACAAAGUAUCUACCGGAUACCCCGCCCACGAGAUACAUGUCCCCUCUGCUGUUUUCAAAUCGGGCAAAAGCCCGUUCCUCAAUCUCACCGAGCAGGUAAUAUUAGGAGCAAUCAGCAAGCAAAACACCACAUGCCCACGCCCGACGGCUUUCAAUCCAAAAGAGCCAAAACGGAAAUGGGCCACAACCAACCGGAAAACAACAGAGAGCCUUACGUCGGAGACGACAUCACUUCGGCGAUAGGGUCAAAUAUGCGAGAUGGGUCAAUACCCAAGAGAGCGCUUGGGAAUGAGACCAUAGGAGGCCAUGUGGCUGCUCAUCUCCAGACUGUCAUGCUUCUUACGUUACGCUUAAUCGCGUUAGAGGACACAAGAGAUUCCACAAGGAGCCAGAGUGAUUCAUCCGAAACCGACGACCAAAUAUCCUCGGUCAGCUUGGGAACAAGAAAGGUCGAAGACGAUUUAUCUGACGUAGAUGGCAGCUUGCCAUCACAGGGCGACGGUGAUACUGACUUUGAUGAUGGACUCCACUCAAUGGGGCCUGUGCCAGAUUCAGAGCCAAUCAGUUGGGACAACAUACUCGGUAGACCUUCGGGGUUGGCUAGGGAUGGCCAUGUGGAAAACAGCGAGGUAGAUCCUGUGACGCAAUCUUCCUCUUACAAGUAUUAUCCCAUCCGAGGAAUCAAAGACGGCUUAAAUCUAGAUAACCAACCCCCGCUUCGACGAGAAUUCAAUGAGUGGUGCGAUAGUAAAGCCCAAUCGGACCGUGACCAAGUGGUUCUUUUCGUGCUGGCUCUUGAGCAUUUCCAGGCAAUUGAUUCGAGCUCAAAAGCCUCAUAUUUUCAAAUCGCAGGUAUCUAUGGCAUGCCAUAUGUAUCCUGGGACGAACCCGGAGCUACUGUCGAAGAGGUUCGUGGAAAGGGCUACUCUGUGCAUGGCAACUGUUUAUUCCCGCUCUGGAUUCGGCCCUAUCUCCUACUUUUUGAGCAACGGAUCUAUGAAAUCAUGGUUGGUGAAAUCAUUCCGAAGAUGCAGGGAAACCAGACGAAAAAGGAAGAGUUGCUCAAAGCUGCGAAUACCUGGCGCCUCCCAUACUGGGACUGGGCGAGAAGUCCAAGAAUUCCCAAAGUGUGUGCGCUGGAGAACCUUAACAUGAAGGUAUUAGGGAAAACUAUCAAGAAACCUAACCCUCUUUUCAAAUUCAGGAUGCCAAAUGGUCAGAAAGUGAGUGACUAUGGAGUGGAGAUGCCAGGGCAAUUAGAAUCGUUUCCGGAGUAUCUUCCUUACGCAACGUGGCCCGCAACAAGCCAACGCCCAACAGAUAACCAAUACAUCAUUACCAGUAACGCACCGGGCGGCGGUGACAGUGGUAUCACAGAGCAGGCCAAAGCACACGAGUCCUGGAACGGCAUCGAGUCUUUGGAAAUGGUUCGCCGGCUACUGACCAGCCCCAUGGACUUUGUUAGCUUCGCAACCAACGUAGGCAACAAUCUAAGUAUCGAGCUUAUACAUAAGAGCAUCCAAUGGCGGGAGUCCCCCCUAGUUUCAGCAUUCGAUCCUAUAUUCUGGCUUCACCUUUGUAAUCUCGACCGAAUAUUCGCAAUUUGGCAGACACUCAACCCAAAUAAAUGGUUCAAAGCGGACGCAACACGACCAGCCGCCCAAGAGACAAUUGGCAUGGGUAAAAUUAUCACAAACAAAACCCCACUGCGACCUUUUCACAAAGAUGAAGAUGGUACGGUCUGGAGGCCUGACGACGCUCGUAAUUGGUUGGAGCUAGGAUAUACCUAUCCUGAGCUACGGUUCCAAAUGCCUCGGAUAAACAGCAAGGCUGUACUCCUUCACAACAUUGCAAAUGUUUACGACGCCACAAGAACAAUAACGCCGCAGGCGGCAAAGGUCGCAAAGCGGUACGAGGGUGAUAUAGAACCCAAUGUGGACGGAAUGACGCUGAGCAACUAUGCCAUUGCCGCCAAAUAUUCCAAGUAUGUUACCUGUGUUUACUUUGAGUAUGCGGCUAAAAUCAUCAGAUUCGCACUAUGCGGCCACCCCUUUAGUCUCGAAAUUUAUCUCCUCCCUGAAGAUCAAACAGACCGAGAUUUCCGGCCCGAGCACUUUCUCACUAGUGUCUUCAACCUCGGUCAGGCGGCCACGCAGGACGGCGAAACAGGUUGGCGGGAGGAACAAGGUGACCAAUUUACGGUCUAUGUUCCACUCACGCCAUUCCUAUGUAGGAGAAUUCAACAGCAGCAACGGGAGGGUCAAAGCGUCAUUGUUGUCGAUAAGCUCCUCAGACGUAUUUACUGGAGAAUGGUAAUGGUCAGUCCCAGAAUCACUUGA